AGUGCUCUAAGCUGACUCAGUCCAUCACAACUGUGCGGUGCUGUAAGGUGCGUCCGUUCAAACGAUGCAGUUCAAUUACGAUGAACUUUCCUCACCGGAGUGGUUAAAUGAUGAUUAUUUCCUGCACGUUUUGUGUGAGCUAGAAUGUGAUUCGAACGUACGUCUCAUCGGUGCGUGUGUGCUCCGGCCGGGUACCAAAGCUGGCGAUCAUUUUGCAAGCGUUAUGUACCGAACGACAUUACAAUACUAUUGCACCGCGAACGUGAAGAAAACGAUCAAUCUCAUCAUGAAGAUUAAGCCGGAUACAGAUGGGUUCAAGAAAGAUCUGCUUGAUGGUGACGAUUUUUUUGGCAAGGAAUUCCGGAUGUACACGGAAGUGCUGCCUCAAAUGGCUGCACUAAUGCGAAGCAUUGGUGAGGAGUAUCAAUAUCCCAAAUUGGUGUUCGCAUCUCACGAGCCUCAUACGAUAAUUAUUCUGGAGGAUGUGAGCUCACAGGGAUGGACAAUGGAAGGGUUGAUAAAAAGUUUUUCCGAAUUGGAGCCAACCAUUGAUGCAAUUGCCAAGUUCCAUGCAGCCUCUGUCGUACUACAAGAGAAGGAUCCUACCUUUGCGUCCCAGUAUCAGUGCACCAUUGCGAAAAUAUUAUGCUCGAUGCGAGGUAUGACGGACGGCUGCUUUCGUUCAUUUAUCUCCUUUCUUAGUGAGACGGUGGAGCUUCAAGAGUUUGUCGCCCCGGUAGAACAUUUUCACGCCAAGAUCGAUGACAUUUUGCAAGCGGCAUAUGCACCUAGUGAAACGUUUGCCAAUGUGUUGAUACACGGUGAUUUUCAUUUUAAAAAUUUGCUUCACCUACAGUCCGGUGGCAAAAUCGUCGAUACAAUUUUUGUGGACUAUCAGAUGUGCAGCUGGUGCUCGCCGGUGGUCGAUUUGUACUACCUUACCUACAUGAUACCGGAGCAAUCGGUAAAAAACGCUCAUCGUGAUGAGAUCAUUUAUCGUUACUAUGAAAAGUUUGCCAGUCUGCUUCGACGGUUGAACUAUCGUGGUCGUGUUCCGUCAUUAUCUGAGUUGCAGGUUGAGCUGCUAAGGAAAACAGAAUUGGAACUCUACCAUUAUAUUGUGUUUUCUGCCUUCCGGCAUACCGAUUUGUCGAAGGUGGACUCCGAAGCAUUCUUUCUAGGACGCACAGACAAUCCGGCAUUGAAAAUGGAAGAGUUUAAAGAAACGAUGAAGACCGAAUUAAGGAGAUUUCUAUACCAUGGUAUAAUAGAAAAUUAGAGAAUAAAUCAAGAAGUUUGUAUUAGUGAUGUGCUGUAUGGAGCGCACCCACGACUCCGAUCUGACUCCGACUAUUGUUAGUUCGAUUCCGACUCCGGC